GACGAGGAGAGAUCAGAGAAGGAGAAGCAGAUAGUAAAGGAGAAGUCAGAGAUAGUACAGGAGAAGGAGAAGCAAAUAGUAAAGGCGAAGAUGGUAAAGGAGAGGUUAGCGAAGGAGAGGGAGGAGAAGAUAGUAAAGGAGAGGACCGAGAGAGAAAGGUUAGAGAAAGAGAGGACCGAGAGAGAAAGGUUAGAGAAAGAGAGGAUAGAGAGAGAAAGGUUAGAGGAGGAGAGGGAGGAGUAGAUGGUAAAGGAGAAGUUAGAGCAGGAGAGGGAGGAGAAGAUAGUAAAGGAGAAGUUAGAGAAGGAGAGGGAGAAGAAGAUAGUAAAGGAGAAGUUAGAGAAGGAGAGGGAGGAGAAGAUAGUAAAGGAAAAGUUAGAGAAGGAGAGGAGACGGAAUGAGGAGGAGAAGUUAUAGAAGGAGAGAAGACGGAAUGAGGGGGAGAAGUUACAGAAGGAGAGGGAGGAGAAGAUAGUAAAGGAGAGGGUCGAGAAGGAGAGGUUAGAGAAGGAGAGGAGACAGAAAGGGGAGGAGAGGUUACAGGAGGAGAGGAAACAGAGAGUCGAGGAGAGGUUACAAAAGGGUAGGAAGGAGAAGGAGAGAUUGGAGAAGGAGAGGAAACGGAAAGCUGAGGAGAAGUUAGAGAAGGAGAGGGUGGAGCAGAUAGUAAAGGGGAGAUUAGAGGAGGAAAGGAGGCAGAAAGACGAAGAGAGAUUAUAG